GUAGCUAAAUAUAAAAACAUACCAACCCAUUCAAGAAUAAUUUUUAUUUUGGGUAGCCUUGGCUACCUCAUGGCUCAUGUUAUAAGAGGACCACGCUCCUGGUUAUGACUAUGGAGUUACAUAGUGUGUGCCGCACGAUUCGUGAAGCCAGACAACUUCACCUCUCACUCCUCAAAACCGGUAAUCUGCAUUCAUCCGUCAUCACCACCAACCGCCUCCUCCAAUUAUACUCACGCCGCGGCUCUCUCCAUGAUGCAUCCAAACUGUUCGACGAAAUGCCGCAACCAAAUCCUUUCUCAUGGAACACCCUCAUUGAAGCUCACAUUAACUUAGGUCACAGAAACAAGUCACUGGAAUUGUUCCAUGCCAUGCCCCACAAAACCCAUUACUCCUGGAACCUCAUUGUUUCGACGCUUUCCAAGUCGGGUGAUCUUCAACAAGCUCAGGCUCUCUUCAAUGCCAUGCCUAUGAAGAAUCCUCUUGUUUGGAAUUCGAUGAUUCAUGGUUAUUCUCGACAUGGGUAUCCUAGAAAUUCGCUUUUACUUUUUAAGGAGAUGAAUUUGGACCCUUUGGAAACGGUGCACCGUGAUGCGUUUGUGUUGUCAACUGUUUUUGGUGCAUGUGCUGAUUUGUUUGCUCUUGAUUGUGGGAAACAAGUUCAUGCGCGUGUUUUUAUUGAUGGUUUUGAAUUCGAACAAGACAAGGUUUUGUGUAGUUCGAUAGUUAAUUUUUAUGGGAAAUGUGGUGAUUUGGAUAGUGCUGCUCGGGUCGUGGGUUUUGUGAAGGAAGUUGAUGAUUUUUCUUUAUCUGCUUUGGUAUCGGGUUAUGCAAAUGCCGGUAGAAUGAGUGAUGCAAGAAAGGUUUUUGAUAACAAGGUUGAUCCUUGUUCUGUGCUGUGGAAUUCGAUUAUUUCUGGUUACGUGUCCAAUGGUGAGGAAAUGGAAGCAUUGGCUCUAUUCAACAAAAUGCGUAGGAAUGGGGUUUGGGGAGAUUUCUCUGCUGUUGCAAACAUUUUGAGUAUUUCCAGUAGCUUGCUCAAUGUUGAACUUGUGAAGCAAAUGCAUGAUCAUGCUUUUAAGAUUGGGGCGACUCAUGAUAUUGUGGUCGCUAGUACUCUGCUUGAUGCAUACUCCAAAUGUCAACACCCCCAUGACUCUUGCAAGUUGUUUCAUGAGCUCAAAGUUUAUGAUGCGAUCUUGCUUAAUACUAUGAUUACUGUGUAUUGUAAUUGUGGAAGAGUUGAAGAUGCAAAAGAAGUUUUUAACUCGAUGCCUAAUAAAACCUUGAUUUCAUGGAAUUCAAUCUUGGUUGGCCUCACUCAGAAUGCAUGUCCAAGUGAGGCGUUGGAUACUUUCUCUAUGAUGAAUAAGCUGGAUGUGAAAAUGGACAAGUUUAGCUUUGCUAGUGUUAUAAGUGCUUGUGCUAUUAAAUCAUCCCUUGAACUCGGUGAGCAGUUAUUUGGUAAAGCUAUUACUUUGGGGCUUGAAUCUGACCAAAUAAUUUGUACCUCACUUGUUGAUUUUUAUUGUAAAUGUGGUCUUGUUGAGAUGGGACGAAAAGUUUUUGAUGGAAUGAUUAAAACUGAUGAAGUUUCAUGGAAUACAAUGCUGAUGGGAUAUGCAACAAAUGGAUAUGGAAUAGAAGCACUAACCCUUUUUAAUGAAAUGGGGUAUAGUGGUGUGAGGCCUUCAGCUAUCACUUUUACUGGGAUUCUUUCAGCCUGUGAUCACUGUGGUCUUGUAGAAGAAGGAAGGGAUCUAUUUCGUACUAUGAAGCAUGACUAUGAUAUAAAUCCAGGGAUUGAACAUUACUCUUGCAUGGUAGACCUUUUUGCCAGAGUUGGUUGUUUUGGGGAAGCAAUGUAUCUUAUUGAAGAGAUGCCUUUUCAGGCUGAUGCAAACAUGUGGUUAUCAGUAUUAAGAGGCUGCGUAUCCCAUGGAAAUAAGACUAUUGGAAAGAUGGCUGCAGAGAAAAUUAUUCAGCUUGAUCCUGGAAAUUCAGGUGCUUAUAUACAAUUGUCUAACAUACUUGCAACUUCGGAGGAUUGGGAAGGAUCAGCAGAAGUAAGAGAGUUGAUGAGAAAUAAGAAUGUUCAGAAGAUUCCUGGUUGCAGUUGGAUGGAUUGUUAAAUGAGAAACUCAGCUUCUCAGUUCCAGGUGAAGAGUAAUCAACCUAAGGAGGACAAUGCCUCAGUGAAAUAUGCUUGGAACUACUAUUAAGCUUUGAAGUUUUAUGGGCUAUUUCCAGCUCUGACUCACCAAUUUGAAGAGAAUGAGGGCUUAAAGUGGCUUGAGUUGGGUUGAGACUGUUUCUUGUCAUCAGUAAUCUAAAAGUUCUAGCAGCUAGAGCUAAGAGCACAAGAUUUUACUCAAUACAUAAAAUACCUUGAGUGUAGGACAAUGGGCGGUGAAAGUUGGAAAAGUAUUUGGCGCAUAUGCACCAUAUUAUUUACCACAAGUGACAGAAAUCUAGACUCUAGGCAUCAUAAAAAAGAAUGGUAUGCUGUCUACACUCUACACCAAGGCUGAAGUUUAGUGCCUGUAUAGAGAUCAAUCCCAAGAUUCAUAUCAUGUAGUGAAGUUGUUGACAGGAAGGUAUUUUGAGGUUCAUAAAUUUAGGCUCUAGGCAAAGAAAUGGCUGUGAGGAUGUAUUCUGAGAUGGUCACUCUUCAAACUAUGGACAGCAUAUUCUUCUGGUACAGAGGCAAGGAAGAAUUUCCUUCUACCUCACCUCAAUGGGAGAAGAAGCAGUUAACAUUGCAUCAGCAGCUGCGCUUUCUUCUGAUGAUAUAUCUUGCUUCAGUGAUUGCUGUUACCGGGAGCCUGGAGUUCUGUUAUGGCGCGGUUUCACUCUGCAACAAUUUGCUCAUCAAUGCUUUGUAAACACAAAUGAUUUUGGUAAAGGAAGGCAAAUGCCUAUACACUACGGCUCUAACAACCACAAUUACUUCACAGUCUCAUCCCCUAUUGCAAAUUCAGAACACAACUUCCUCAAGCUGUUGGUGCCUGCUUAUUCGCUUAAAAUGGACGGCAAAAGUGCUUUUGCAGUAACUUUUUGUGGGGAUGGUCGUACUAGCGUGAUGAUGAAUAUGAGCCUUCUCUCUUAAGUAAUAAUAGAAUAACACAUCACUAUAUUAAUCGCUCAUAUUUGAAAUAUUGCAUGGAGAUUUUCAUGCCGGUAUGAAUUUUGCAGCAGUAAUGGAGGCUCCAGUUAUUUUUAUCUGUCGCAACAAUGGAUGGGCCAUCAGUACCCCUGUUGAAGAACAAUUACGAAGUGAUGGUAUUGUGGUGAAAGGUCAAGCUUAUGGAAUAUGGAGUAUCAGAGUAGAUGGAAAUGAUGCACUUGCUGUUUAUAGUGCAGUUCAUACCGCACGUGAAAUUGCUAUAAAAGAACAAAGACCAGUCUUAAUUGAGGCUCUUAGUUAUAGAGUAGGCCACCAUUCUACAUCCGACGAUUCAACCAAGUACAGAGCAAUCGAUGAGAUUGGUAAAUGGAAAGAAAUCCUGCGAAUAGAUUCAAAAAAUGGGUUGAAAGGAAUGGUUGGUGGAGUGACAAGGAUGAAUUGUUUUUUUGAAUUUGUAUUACAGUUAAUGCAUGCUAUUCAAGUGGCAGAGAAAGCACAAAAGAAACAAGAAAGAGAACUUAGAAACAUCAUUGAGAAGCAUCCCAAACCUCAAGUGGACAUGUCUAGUCUAUGACAGACUUUCAUCAAACCUUGAGGAGCAAGAAAGAGAACUUAGAAACAUCAUUGAGAAGCAUCCCAAAGAUUACCCUUCUGAUGUUCCUUUGUAGAUAUUUCCAAUUCAAAUAACCAUUUGUACACAAAUUCACAGUCAGAAUGUAAAAUAAAGUUGGGGGCUGCAUGCAUAUUCUUCUGAUUA